AUGGGGACGUCGGUGCAGGUGACUCCGCUGUGCGGCGUCUACAGUGAGAAUCCCCUCUCGUACCUCGUCUCCAUUGACGGAUUCAACUUCCUGGUGGACUGCGGUUGGAACGACCUCUUCGACGUCAACCUCCUUCAACCGCUCUCCAGGUUCUCUUCUCAGUCCUCGCCCGCUCUGCUCAUCUUUCCGACAUUUAACUCCUGCGGUUUUAUUCUUCGAGUGUCGUCCUUGGGAACGUCCAGAACGCAAUUCCGAAACCAUUUCGGGCAGUGGUGCAGCUUACUUGCUCAUCACGAGGCAAUGGCGUCCAAUCGUUUUAUUUUUAUAUAUACUUAUUUUUGUGUUUUUUUUAGCUCAUCACGUAUCCUUUAGCGAAUGCUAGAAUGACGUAAGCUGUAAUUCGCAGGGUUUGUUCAAAAGUUGAUGCCGUCCUGCUGUCGCAUCCCGAUGUUCUUCAUCUCGGUGCAUUAGCUUAUGCUAUGAAACACUGGGCGCUCUCUGCCCCAAUUUAUUUAACAGAACCGGUUUUAAGAUUAGGCCAGUUGACCAUGUAUGAUCACUACUUUUCCCGCAAGGUAACCUUUUUAUCUCUUCUUUAAAUCCCCAACUCUUUAUAUAUAUACCGGAAUUCUUUUGAUCACGCUACUUCCUUUUUUUUGCUCAAUUUAAAUUGCAGUACCCCUCUAUCUUUCUGUUGUGAAAAAGUUAUUUGUCCUUAUUCAAUUCUUUACUCCACGGAUAAGGCCCUAGUGAUACUAUAGCAUUAUUAUAUAGAAUGCCAGGUGAGGGAAAGAGUUAUUUCCGUAAACAUCUUGUUUCCAUACUAUCUAUUAUGGCUUUUUUUUAUUCUCUAGUGUCACUCUGAAGUUUCUGUAUAUCUGCUUGAUCAAUGAGUUUGUCAUAUCUUGAAUCCUCACUUCUAAUGUAACAGCCUCUGAAGUGAUCAAAAGAUCCAUUGGAUACAAUCUGCUACUUGAACUAAAAUAGUACCUGUGAUAACAAAAAUAUUAGGGGGAAGGGCAGACUUAGGAACAGAUGUGUGAACAGUGUUUGAAGGAAUAGCCAAUCUCUGGGUCCUGGGACGACAUAAAAGGUCGCUAUGUUUUGGAAAUUUGGAGAAACAUCGGGAUGGUGAUCAGAGGGGAAUUUCGAUAUAAUUGAUCCUUAAUACCGAAAUGGUUUUGCAUCUACUUUAAUGGACUGUAUAUUUUUGGAGCAGGGGGGGAGGGGAGGAUGAGGCUUGCUGAAAUUACGUGAAGAGGCGAAGGUUCAUUAAGUACUUGAUGAGGUUGAGUCUGAAAAACCAGAGUAUAUGAGUUAUGGUAGGGUCGUAGUUGGUGGUGUAACGUGGGAGUGAAAGCUAUCUUCGAUUGUUGCAUCAUGAGUUCGAAGAUUAGUAUCAGUGUGAAGGCUAGAAAAGGGCUCUCAGUAGAAGUACAGGAUAGGAGUGAGGUGAAGAUAAAAUGAGUGGGAAUUAAAAUAUCAGAAUAAGGUUCGCAUGGUGGGCCUUGAGGCCACAAAGAAGGCAGGCAAUGAAAGAAGUAGUUGGGUUUUUGUGGCACAAGAUAGCCUUCUGGCCAUUGUCAAUGAGGAAUAAAUAUUCCCUCAGGGUUUGGUGUCUUGCUAAGAACUGUUGUGCCAGUGGCAGGUGCCUCUGGAGGGAUUAUAUUAUUAUUAAUCUCCUUUCUCUUUUGUAGUGGUGGAGGCAGAUGAAUUCAGAAGAGUGAUGAAGCAUGCUAUCUUGGUGGUCUUCACUUUCACGCAGAUGAUUUUAUUUUAUUGAUUAUGUAUAGUCUCCAAUUUAGGGAGGUGAUGAUGGAGAUGUGGAGGUAUCUACGAGGAUUUAAAAAGGAUUCAGCUAAAGGAAGGCAUAGAGAUCACCCUUGGGAGAUGGGGAUAAAAAAUAUUAAUAUACUCCUGUUGAAACCAGUCCAUCUUUUUUGGUUGCGAUCUAAACUUUAGUAAUUAGCCUUCUGUGUCUGCACUUGACAGGUCUCUCUUAUUAGUGGAUUAGGCAGGGCACUUCCUCUUGUCAAUGCUUUUUGGGGGAGAGAACUUUGGCUGAUCAUUGGUACCGAGGAUCCCAUCUCUUUGAUUACAUCUGAGGAAUCAAUAAAAAUAGGUGGAAGAACGACUAUAUUGGCAGAACGGCUAUGGGAGGGAAAUGCUCGAUGGUUGAAAUGUUAAUUAAUCACUAUUCUCAAUGGCUUAUACCACAUGAUUCUGUUGUGAUAUUCAAGUUGUAAAGCUGUUGAGAGAGUUAUGUCGACUGGGGGAAAACUAUUCUUGCGUACUAAAGACCGGUCAUUUGCUCUUCAGGAUCUGUUUCAUGUUGGAUAUAGUGAACUAGAUUAGCCGCUGUUGCAGCAGAAGAACGAGUUUAACUGUCGAAAUUCUUAGUUGGACAAGAGGUAACUUUCGAUGGAACUAAUCCAAGUUCUUCUGUUGAUACUUGGUGAAAAAGAAAUCAGUAAAUCUGUGUGGAAGAAGAGAUCUGAGAGGAAUUUUCCUUGUUUUUUCUGUGAGGCUUUAUGAGGAGAAAGGUAUUGUCAGAUUUUUAGUUUUGGCAUUCUGGUCUAGUUGUAGACUCCCAUCAUACUGAAGACCCAUUUGCCAUCCGCUAAAUAAAGAAGUCAUAGCCGCACUUUCCAUAUUUAUUGCUAGGUGAGGAAAUGAGAUGUCCAUAACUUUCAAAAGCUUACAUUACAUAUUAACCGAAUAUCUUUGUAUAUUCUACUUUGAUUUCUAUUUAUAGUGUCCUCUUUCACCUUCUGAAAUGUAGUGCCAUCAUUAUUUUUAAACUACCGUCUUUCUUUUAUUUUAUUUUAUUUAUGUGAUACUUUUUUGUCUGCUUUUCAAACUGACUUUUUUCUGGUAUUUCUAUGCAGAAAUAUUUGAAGAAAUUUUCAUUCAAUGCAAGUACUUAAUGCGAUAUACCAUUCUUUGCCGAUAUAUGUGCCUUUUCUGAUAAAUGUUUACCUUUUUUUUCAGCAAGUGUCCGAUUUUGACGUAUUCACUCUGGAUGAUAUUGACUCUGCCUUCCAGAAUCCGAAUGUGACUAGUUUGAAGUACUCUCAGAAUUUUCAUCUAACUGGUUGGUAUUUUAGUAGUCAUUUGGCUUCAGUCCUACUCAUCACUGAUGUUUUGGCUUAAGUCCCCUUACUCUAUUUCAAUCAACUUUUGUUAGGAAAAGGUGAAGGAAUUGUGAUUACGCCUAAUGUAGCUGGGCAUCUUCUAGGAGGUACUAUAUGGAAAAUAACAAAAGAUGGUGAAGAUGUCAUUUAUGCUGUUGACUAUAACCACCGUAAGGAAAGGUAUUUGUUUUUUCCUUGAAGUUUCUCUCAUUCUUUGCCAUAUUUAUGUUACCCAUGAGAGGUUUCGCAGAAGGCACUUAGUUUCUAUGGUUCAGAAUAUUGAUCCACGGUAAUUUGACUGUGAUCCUAGAAUGAAUUUGACUCUUUCUUUCCUAUGCAAAAUUCUGUUUACAAUUCUAUGACAGCACUCUCACUCCCAUGUGUUUUACUGAGUUGCUUUUGGGACAAGGUGUAUAAUUUGAUUGGAGUUUCCAAAAGUUGACACUUGAUUAUUUAGACAAGCUCUGGUGUUCGUCAUUUCAGGACGCUAACUAACUGUUGCAUGUUUUGACAGGCACCUUAAUGGGACUGUUCUUGAAUCUUUUGUGAGGCCAGCUGUUCUGAUAACAGAUGCUUACAAUGCUUUAAACAAUCAACCUCCGAGACGCCAAAAAGAGCAAGAAUUUCUAGGUAGUUAUAUAUUAUGUAACGGCUUAUUAGAAUCGAGUCUCUGCUGCUAAUCAAUUAAAAUUGAAUACUACGCAAUCCCUUCUUGGAAUUAUAUGAGGUGCUCUGCUGAUAUGGUUUGAUUCAAUUUCUUCUUAUAAAGAAGUACGUACAUCAUUCAACUAAUAUUGCAUACUAAUUAUAUAUUUCAGUAUAGUGUGAAACAUGCUUCCAGCCAAAAUCUUAGCAAGAAACUGACUACCAUUAUCAUCAUUUAUUCUAUGUUAACACUUAUUUUUAGCAGAAUUUUGGAAAGGAACUAAAAUCUCUCAUAGGAAGCAUCUUUUACCUUCCAUUUUAGAUGAUUGCAUUCACAUUUUAUCUUUUAGCUACAUGGAACAAUAUCUUCAUUCAUUUAAUUGUUUCUAUUUUGGAUGUAGUGCCCAACUCUUAGUGUGCACUCUGUUUCCUUUUCAGAUGCAAUAUUAAAGGCUCUAAGAUCUGAAGGGAAUGCAUUACUUCCAGUUGAUACAGCUGGACGAGCAUUCGAACUUAUUUUGAUUUUAGAACAGGUCAGUAAACAAGUGGAUUUAAUUUUAUAUUUGUAAUAUAGUAUUGGCAAGGAUCUUAACUUAGAGAAAUUUGCAGUACUGGACUCAGCAUCAUCUUGCAUUUCCAAUCUAUUUUCUGACAAAUGUUGCCUCAAGUACGAUUGAUUAUAUCAAAAGCUUCCUUGAGUGGAUGAACGACGCAAUAGCAAAGUCCUUCGAACAUACUCGAGAUAAUAUUUUUCUUUUAAAGUAAGUAUUUCUUUAAACCUAAACCAUAUUUUAGUGACAGUGUAGGGUUUUCUUUGUUACACAAUCUCAUCUGUUCCUUGCUUGCAUUGCAUUUUUGGGCAGGCUGCCUUUACAAUUUUUGUUGUGUUUUGUUGGUAACUACCCACCUAGUAAUCUCAGGACUAUUUUCUAAGCAGUUGACGAUCAUGUUGAAUUGGAUAUGCUUCUAUCUCCACGAUCAAGUUCAUAAAUACUUGCAUUGAAAUCGUCAUCUUAAAGACUUACCCACAUCAUCUUUGCUGAGUUAGGACAACCAGAAAACUUCCUGUAAUCUCUCAAGUCCUAACUUACAGCAAUUGUGGGCAAAGCACGAUGUUUCUUCUAUGCUUAAAAGUCCCAAAUCUCUUAGCUGAUGAUAGUUUUUUUGUGAAAACAUAUCUGAAGGUCAUUUACUCCCAUACAAUUCACAUGGCUUUUGCUUACCCAUUGAUUAGUGGGCUCUAGUUUUCUGGUAGAAAUGUAUUCGAAGGUCAUUUAGUGCAAUAUCUUUCACUUGGUUCUUAGUGCAAUCCGAUGCAAGUUUUUUUUAUUUCCAUUCUGACCCAAAAUGGCUCUAACGAUUUUUUUGAGUAAUUAUUCUGUACACUCUGCAUUAAUGUAUUACAGACGUUCUUGAAAUGCUUGAUCAAGGGGAAAAUCACUGCCCCGUGUUCAAUGAGGGGAAUUCGAAUAUUCAGAAUCACGCGCUGAACAUGCAGAGUUUAUAAUAUUUAUUGAGUACACUGAUAUUUAAUUUAGAUAAUAUUUUCUCUUUGGGGCUUGACCAAUGGUUGAUUAUUUGCUGUGCAAUGAUAUGAGAUAUGCACUCUUCUUAUUUUACUAUUUUGGUGUUGUAUCAUAGAUAUUUAUCAUCUGAGUCAAUAUUUUUUAAUUUCAGGCAUGUCACACUGCUGGUCAGCAAAAGUGAACUCGAGAAAAUUCCUGACACUCCAAAGGUUGGUUUUUAAUCUUACGCUACAGCUUGACUAUGAGAGAGGGAACUGAUUGCUCUGUUCAGGUUGUUCUAGCCUCCAUGGCCAGCCUGGAGGUGGGUUUUUCCCAUGACAUAUUCACCGAAUGGGCAACUGAUGUAAAGAAUCUUAUACUUUUCACUGAAAGAGGCCAGGUAUAUUUGUUAAAUUUAUUUAUGUUUCAGUUUAGACAGAUUCUUGAACCUGUGUUGUAUCUAAAAGCAAAAUAGUGUAAGAGGGUUACCUAUCAACUUUAGUUUUAAUAGGAAGGAGAUAAUGUAGAUAAGUGUAGUUUAGUUCAAGGGUCGAAAAUAACUUCAAGAUUCCCCGUUUUGCUUUGUUGAUGGAAAUAUGGUGCUUUUUCUGUAGUUUGGGGCCCUGGCACGCAUGCUUCAGGUGGAUCCUCCUCCUAAGGCUGUAAAAGUCACUGUGAGCAAGAGGGUUCCUUUGGUUGGGGAUGAAUUAAGGGCCUACGAAGAAGAACAAGAACGACUAAGAAAGGCAGAGGUUCUAAAGGCUACCCUAAAAAAAGAAGAGGAUUUAAAGGUGUCCCAUGUAUCUGAUACGAGCUCAGCAGAGCCAAUGGUAAUUGAUGCAACUUCUGUCCAUGUUCCGUCAGAUGGUAUGCUCUUUGUUGUUUUCAUCAUCUUUAAGGAUUCUUUAAUUCGUAUUUGAUGGUCUUUUUGAUCUUUGCUGUUCUAUUUGGAUCUUGUCAUUUCCCUUUAUCCUUUCCUAAACUUCUACUCUGUAUUCCUAUGGAAAGGCUGGGAAAGUCUCCCUCCUGGUCUGCUGAAGAAAAACGGAUUCGAUUGCAAGGACAUAUCUGGAAUCUUGUGGAACAUAAAUGCAUUUAGAACUUGUAUCUUUCUAGGGAAAGUGAUAUUAGAAUUCAAUCGCAAGCCAUGAGAGAGCAAUUAGAUACUUUAUUUGCUUGAAUGUUAAAGAAUAGCGAGAUGAAAACAAAUUAAACAGACACUAGGGAUCGUUACUGAUCUGAAUCACCAAAGAGAAGUGUAUGGAAGAAUGCGUGGUGGAUCUGUUUAGUGGUAUGUUCUAAACUGUGAUGUUAAUAUAUGUUUUGUGUUUAUUUUUUAUUUAUUUUACUUAUAGCCUUUUUCGAGGAGCAAGGAUGGUUUUAAAAAAAGUUAAGAAGAAAAGUUUAUAAGAGGAUAAGAGGUGUGCUUGGUGGAGAGAAUCGCUUUCUAACACCUAGUCCCACUAGGUGCGUCGCAUAUAUGCACAUAUAUAUAUAUAUAUAUAGAUAUAUAUAUAUAGAUAUAUAUAUCGUGUACUAUUUAUUUUUUUAUCUAUUAAUGACCAUGUGCUUUUAGUUCAACAUAAAUAUUUUCCUGCUUUGUCUUCAGAGCAACUUAGGAAUUUUUUGCACAUUACCUGUGUUAUUGUUUAUGAACAGAAGCUUAAAUAUUAUACUUAGUACCAGUCCUUUAUACAAUGGAGCGUAUUGUAGAUAUCAAUGUUUCACUUGUUACUUAUUCUGAUCCAUUUGGGGAUUGGCUAGGGGCCCUUUUUGGUUCUCUUCCCCCCCCCCCCAAUCAUCCCCCAUCAAUGAGUCUUGCAUAUUAUAACAAAAUACACCAAAUCAGAUUUCACUGUCAUAUAUAUGAACCAAACCGAUCUAAAAUAACCCAAUCCUGGAUGGAUCAGUUGAUUUUCUGGAGAAUCUGACCUGGUCUCAUAAGGCCGGUUUCUGGAAGCGACACUACUGUCAGAGGAAGAAUAGAGAAUAAACACACCACAAGUUUACCGGUGGAGGACCAAGGAAGAAAAAUAGAUUAAGGAAUAACAAAUUCUCAACUGUAACUUUGUCCUAAUGGCAUUGUCUACCUCCCAGUUGCUCCAACCACUUCAGGCCACUCAUCGCAGUCCUGGACCACAACCUUCGGCUACCUACGAGAAGGAUUAUGGACAGUGUCUGGGCUCAGGUGUUUACUGGGUAUUGUAAUAUAUUUAGAGUUAUGUAACCUCUGGCUAUAUUUAAAACCUUAGUUGAAAGAUCAUUUCCUCAGGUUUGGAUUCUAAUUUGCUGCUAAAACCCCUAGAAUUGCUUCCACUUGUUGAGGAUGGUCAGCUAUUGUUUUUAAUAAUAUUUCACUAAGAGACACUUUGUUGAUUAAAAAAUAAAUGCGACAAAAAUACAGCAAUGCCCGUAUUUUUAGUCUGUCCUCCGACUUUGUUGUCUUUAUUAUGCAUUUUGCUUUCUCUUUUGUUUACUGAUGUAUUUAAUUUCCCAAAUGUAGUUCGAAUUCCUCGAAUUCCUUCUGUCCUGGCUUGGGAAUUUCUUUAGUUGAUUGGUGUGAGUUUUCUUUUUAAUUAUGUGUGCUGAAAUUUAAAAUUCUGUCCGCAAAUCUCUCCUCUGGUCAACUAAUGUUUCAGUAAUAACUUUCCAGUGGCUGUAUCGCGCUCUAGCAUUAAGCGGGAAAUUUUUAUUGAUGGAUUUGUGCCACCGUCCACUAGUGUAGCCCCGAUGUUCCCCUUUUUUGACAGUUCAGCUGAAUGGGAUGAAUAUGGCGAGGUCAUUAAUCCUGAUGACCAUGUUGCCAAGUCAGAAGAUAUGGAUCGACAAUUCAUUCAUGUAAGUUUUCCACAUAUUGAUUAUAGAAACCGAAGUGUGUGAAUGUUAAUUGCAGAAGCAAACAUAACUGCACUUCAUACUGUUGUUAUGUCUUUUAGUGAUUCAAGUUUAAAUAUUAUCAUCCUUUAACUUUGCAACUUGUGUGAAGAAGGUGAGUGUGUAGGAAGAGAUUUUAAUACUGGAGACUGCAUUUGUUUAUGAAACUAAGUGUCAGUGUGCUUACCCAAAUAUAUUUUUAACUGAUAAUUUUAGUCAAAAAGAAAAAAAGUGCAUCUAUAAAUGCACAUCAAAUGGAUAAUUGGAUCCUGGCAUGAUUUAGUUCAUAAGAAUUCAAUGAACCAGGAAGUCAGCUUUCUCAUGGGCCAGGACAGCCUAUGCUACUUGACUUUUGCCACUUGGAUGGAUUCAUUAAGAGCAUCACUGCAGCUGAUGAAACCACUCUCACCCAAAAUGAAUGCACAGACAAAAACCAAUAAAAAACCCCGUUUCAUUAAUAAGACAAAAUGUAUCAGCUAAUGUUUAACCUAAAAAAAUCACUUGAUCAUGCAUGCGUCAUGAUUUUAUGGUAUGCACACACAUGCACAGACAUAGUAAUGGCACAAUGAUCCACGUGCACGCACACACAUGUGCAGAAAUUGUAGUGGCACGAUGAUAUAAUCUGUAACACACCUAUCAUUCAGUAUUCUCUUUAAUGGUGCACGGUAAUGAAGUGCCUCAUUAGUGUACUCUGGAGUUAGAAAAUAUCUCCUCCUUUUCAAGUUACACUUCUAUUCUCAAAAAUGAUGUUUCUUAUUAGACUUUGUCUGUGCUCUCAUCCGUGAGAGAUUAAUAUUUGUUUUUUGUUGGACAUGAUUAGUGAUUAAUGCUUUUUUUUCCAGGAAUUCGGUGGUGAAGUAGGUGGUAAAGUCGAUGACGCCUCAGUGCACUUGCUUUUGGAUUCCACCCCUUCUAAAGUUAUUUCAAAUGAAAUGACAGUAAGUCUGAAGCGGUUUCUUAUGUUUUGUUCCAGUACUUGUGAUCGAUAGAAUUUAGUUCUACUUUAAGUGGGCAAUAUUACAUAAUUACUGAAUAAUAAUAGGCGAUCAACACACAAGUAUAUGAUUUGUAAGCUCUCAAAAAUCGCUUAUAUAUCAAUUGUGCGCUAGACUAACAUGGUAUAGCCCGUAGUCAAUAUCCGACUACUGAAAAGUUACAGAAACGUCAUUCUCCUCAUGUGGAAACGUUACCUGUCCUUAGAAGGAUGCCCAGGAGACGGAAAACGGGGAGAAUAAUUUCCAUGUGCCUGUGUGCCUAUCAUAACUCGUCAACUAGUUUAUAUUAUGCUAUUCUUUUUAGGCGGGGAUAAUUCAUUGCUGAUGAAUUUUCUUGUGUCAGGGAUAUCUGUUUUCCUUUAACAUUGGAUUUUUUAUAUUAUAACCGGGAUAGUUUCUAUUUUGAAGUUUGGUCUUUGCACCAGUGAUCUCCCCAUAAUCUCAACAAUAUUUCAUCAUCAGCCUGAAAAUGUGAUGGUAUGUUCAUGAAGUCCACUUCUUAACAAUCCCUUUCCAUGUGUAUUAGGAUGAGUCUGUCAUUGGUUGUUUUCGCCGGUGUAUUUCUCAUUCAUUGUCCUGGCUCAAGGAGAAUCGUCCUUUUCCAACUUCCAAUUCCAAAAAAUAAACUUGUCACGCUUUUUCCUCUUGCUUUGACUAGCUGCCCCAAUUUAUAUGAUGGUCACUCUUCCUCGCUGUUCUAUCCCUCGAAGAGUUGUCUUCUGCAAAGUUCCAAAGACACAAAAAAUAGUAACUAAUUAAAAUUAUCAAUCUUCACCAAUCCUACGCCGCCUACCUUCAUACAUUCCCAAAUAUUUUUCCAAUUUCUAAGAUGGACACCCUUCCCUUUUUAUCUGACUUUCUUCCAAGGAAACACACCUUUCGAUCAUCUGCAAUGUUGUCAAUUUAGAAGACGAACCCAGUUCGAUCAGCUUGGAAUCAAUGAAUUCAUUAAGUUUGCCUAAUUCCUCGCUGAUUACAUUUUUCCUUGUGUUUGUUUGUUCUAAGCAGUGAUGAGGAUUGGACGAUUCCAACUGGAAUUGGCUGAUUCUGUAAGCCUUGGAUAAAAAUGAUCGCUUUAGAUUUUAUUAUUUGGUAACUUUGCGUUGAAAACCUAAGUAUCACUAACUAUUUCUCGUAAAUUAAGACAUUAUCAUGUCUAUUCUAAUCUUUUUCAUCAUACUUCUUUCCUUUCAUGUUUUGUUGAUUUCAUUUUCUCCAUUGUUGUUGGAGUUGCCAAGGCCGUCUCUCAUUAAUAAAAAGGCCAUCAAAUUAUCUGCAGGUACAGGUGAAGUGUGGUUUGAUUUACAUGGACUUUGAGGGUCGUUCAGAUGGGCGUUCUAUAAAAUCAAUUCUGGGCCACGUGGCACCUUUGAAGCUUGUACGUCAUUGCCAUUCUUAGUUGACUUAUUAUUACUGUUUUUCAUCUUUUUGUCAUGGUUUGAUAGGCUCAACUGUUGACGACCUGAUAAAAAGCAAAUCAUAUCUGGAUUUACGAAUGUCUAUUUCCUUCUAAGAUUGUGGUGCUCCAGACUUGUAUGUUCAGAGUAAACCAUGCCUUCACGUGGUGAUUUACGAGAAAAAGUUUGUGAGGCAUUGGUCGCUCAUUACUGGUGGUUUUUGCCUCCUUGUACAACACUAACACGCCUUCAUCUACUGAAAAUAUUCUAAGAAUUACCUGCUGAUCUUCAUUUAUCUCGUACUCAUCUUUUAGUUCACUGUUGUUUCUUGCGAAGGUUCUUGUUCAUGGCUCAGCCGAGGCUACUGAUCACUUAAAGCAGCACUGCUUAAAACACAUUUGCCAACAUGUAUAUGCCCCACAGAUUGAAGAAACGAUUGAUGUCACAUCUGAUCUGUGUGCAUACAAGGUAUCAACCCCCUAUUCCAGUGUUAUCUAAAGUGCUUACUACCGUAUCAUUGUUCAGUGCAAAAUUGACCAAAGCAUUGGCUGAUUGACUGAAAGGAUGGUUUUUCUUAGAAUUUACUUCAAUUACCAGAGUGUACCGAAACUAGAUCAGGAUGAAGAGACUAGUCUGAUGAUUUAUAUACGCUUUUGUAUUGUUUUCUCAUUUUUAGCCAAUAUUAUUCCGUUGUCAGACAUUAGUUUAAGCUAUUUUCACCUAUUUUCUGUUCUUGUUGAUCAAUUAUUUUGCUAACAUAAAUUGAUUUUUAUUACCUUUUGAACUUAUAACAACAGGUGCAGCUUUCUGAGAGAUUAAUGAGUAAUGUCCUCUUUAAAAAGGUAAGUUAUUUGAUUAGAUAUUUCUUUGAAACAUACUUAUUUUGAUCAGCAAUUUACGUAUUUAUGUUGAAUUGCGUCCAAAUAAUGAAUUCAACUGACUAGAACAGACGUGCACUGCACUUAUUUAUCAUUAUGAGGAUAUUUUUCUGGUUGACAGGAUAGGGAAGUAGAUCUGCCCCCAUAUUAUAUCUUUUUGAGAAGGCGGAUGAAAUCACUUGAAAAUCUGUUGUUGGCUUGGGAUUUAUAGCAGAAACGAAAAUAUUCUCUAGAACCGAAAAUUUUCUGAGAUGCGGUUGCCAGUGGGAUUUUGAAAGAUCUGUGAGGUGUCCGUCCAUUCAUCUCUUUACUUACUGGGUGAUUGAGAAAUGCAUACUUCGACCAGAAUUUGUGGCAAGGGCAGAUUUUCCGGUCCUUAACCUGUUGAUGGGGAUAAAUGGAGCAACUAGAAUGUUAACCAGGAGUAAAGGGGCUGAUUUUGCAUGCUUGCUCAGAAACAGGUUUGACAAGCUUGAUGGGUAGGUCACAUGAAAAUCCAAACUUUAUCUUGGUCGAUAUGGUUGGAUUUCUGACCCAAUUUAGGAAAAUAACGAACAUUUGCAAUGUAUGCAUUUAUUCAGUUAGAGAUAUGUUUUACCAUAGUUGUGUGCUUUUUCAAAGCCUUGUAAUUCUUGUGUAUUUUUGAGGUUUCAUUUUUGGACACUUAUAUAAUUCGGAUGUCACUCAAAACAUGUGGAAAUCGAUGGAUAUUUAGGCUCGCAGUGGAUUCGUCAUUCUUACUUGCAACGUAGUUCAUUGAUAGGCCCUGUGCCAAAAUCUAUCUAAUAGGCCCACUAUCUAGCGUGUUAUGGACCUAUAGGCUUGGCCCGUGUUAGCUUUUCUGGUGUGAUGCCAACUCUUCUCUCUCUGUAUAGAACUAGGUGAUGGGGCCACAUAUGUAGUCCUAGGUCAGUUUUGAGGAACGUUCUUGGUUCACAAAAAGGGUUGGUUUUUUAUUACUUAUUAAGGUAAUUUUAGAGAUCUGUUUUAUUUUCUUUAAGUUUUUUUUUUCAGUGUUCAUGUUCUGUCCUUGCAAGGACGUCAGUGAUUCUGAUUUCUGCCUAUGAACCUAAUCAAUGAACCAAACCCACAAGCCAGAAAAAUUCCGAUAGUAGAAGAAUAAGUAAACAAAGUCAAAAUCAUGUUAUAGUAAAGUCCUUGCUCUCAUCUACUGUUGACCAACCGGAUGAAACUGUUCGUUUGGUAUUUCAGACAGAAAGGAAAAGAUAGUUGACGGUUUAUUCCAAGAUGGAUACCACCUUCUUCUUCCUCCUAUAGUCGGCCUCACCUCAUUCGGAGACCAACAUUCUCUCUCAAUGUUAUUCAGUCUUGCCUGUUCUCCAUAAUUCUCACUCUCUCUCUCUCUCUCUCUCUCUCUCUCUCCAUCUUGUCACAGCUUGGUGACUACGAAAUAGCCUGGGUUGAUGGAGAAGUGGGUAAGGCAGAUGACACGCUCUCGCUGCUUCCUCUCUCGUCAGCCCCACAGCCACAUAAGUCAGUUCUUGUUGGUGACCUGAAGCUGGCCGAUUUCAAGCAGUUGCUCGCGAGCAAAGGGAUCCAGGUGCGCCAUUUUCAGCUCAUUUUCAUGGAUCCUCCUGGGUUUUCUAUACUGCGAUGUUAAUGCCGCUGUGACGUCGGAUUCUUGCGCCUCUUUUCUUCACCAAUUCUUGCAGCCAUCCGAAUCUAAGUUUCAAGUCAACUCGGCAAAUCUCUCUGUUCUCUUCGACAUUGGGACGACUUUUGCUUUUUGUUUAUUUUCCUUCAGAAUGCACCCACAUUCUCCUAUAUCUUUCUUUAUUUAGCAAUUUUAAGCCUGUUUCUUUUCUGGUCAUGUGUGCGCCUAUGUGGGUUUCUCUGUCUUCUUGGUCGAUUCGUGUUUCUCUCUCCGUAUAAGCUUUUUCUAAAGUUUCUCUCUCCGUCUCCCCCCGAAGGUUGAGUUCUCUGGCGGCGCCUUGCGUUGUGGCGAGUAUGUGACAGUCCGCAAAGUUGGCGACUCUACUCAGAAGGUUGGUAACCCCGACCCUCUCGUGCGGAGCUUUCGUUUGUCACGUGGCUGUCCCAGCAUCACCCGCGUGUCAUCCCCCCACCCCCCCCCCUCUCUCUCUCUCUCUCCCGUACGCAGAGCCUAGUUUCCUUGCCACAUGGCUGGCUGUCCCCAAGAUCAUCCACAUGGCAGCCUCCCCGCUCUCUCUCUCUCCCCGGGAUCACCUACUCUCUCUGCUUCUACUCUUUUUUUAAAAAAAAAAGGUUUUCUGAAAGGAGCAAGGAAUGGUAUCCACAGGGUGGCGGACCGGGAACUCAGCAGGUCGUCAUCGAGGGCCCUCUGUCGGAGGAGUACUACAAGAUAAGGGAGCAUCUCUACUCCAUGUUCUACGUGCUCUAG